AUGAAGCCUUUCCAAGGAAUAACGUUUUGUCCGACUGCAAUAAAUAAUGAAAUCUUAUCCAAAAAAAUAUCAAAGAAGAUCAUCAAGUUGGGCGGUAUCUUUUCUAAAGAUUUGACCAGACAAGUUAACGUUCUUGUUGUUGGGUCCACCACCAAUACGAACAAAUUUAAGUUCGCUGUAAAGCAUAGAUUUGAUAUUAUAUUUGUUGAUAUCCACGCCAUUGAUGACAUCUACCAGCUCUGGUUGUCUGGGGAAAAUAUACUACCGCCCUCCAACAUGGUCACUGUGACAGGAUCUACCCAUGAGAUGCUGAGGAUACUUUAUCAGCGGUAUUCGUUUAAAUAUUUGCAGAACUUUAACAUCUUCAUUGGAAGAAUAAACGAUACGAAGACAACGUCUAUUGAUAUGUUAGUUGGGGCCAUUAAAAAACUAGGUUGUCAGGAUUAUAAUUAUCGAAAUUUUGUAAUUAAAGACACCUCUUUAAGCAACGAUGAUAAUCAAGAUCAAAAUGGGCAGAUAUCCAUCUUUGUUACAGAUACGUUAUCUGGAGCAAGAGUAAAUGCUGCUGUUGAUCAAAACUUACCCAUCGUACAUUUUAAAUGGAUCCUUGAUUGUCAAAGGAGAAACGCACUAUUACCAUAUGACCCAUAUUAUCUUUUGCCAAAAAUCAAGGAUGUCCCGUUUGAUUCAAUUGGCUUAAACGCCUGUGAUUGUUGGGAUAAAAUAAGUGUCUCCUUCCCAACAAAUAUAGAUGUACAAACGAUUUUACAGACACAGCCAUCUUCCAGUGCACUAGCUUCUUCGCUCCCGAAAACAUCCUUUCUUUUAAAUAAGUUUAAACCAAAGGGUGAAAAGAUUUGGGACAAGGCAAUGUCUCGGCAGCAGCAUAACAAGACAAAUUUCUCUGUACUAGGACAAUCUUCACUUUCCAUAAACAAUAUCCGCGAAGACUCAAGUGAUGAAGUGACUUUAAUUUUUAGGAAUUGUGCGUUUCUCAUUCACCAUAACUUUCCUGCCAAUCAUCGUUCAAUACUAACAAAAAUCAUCGUUCAAAAUGGAGGGGAAAUUGUAUCAUCUUACCUAAAUGGCGUUUAUGACCAUUCUUAUUGUAUCAUUCCAAGUGAUAAAGCCCUUGACUCUUUCAAUGAUUUACCUGACAUUAUAGGUGAUAAUGACGGCUUAGUUACAGAAUUUUUCAUUGAACGCUGUUUGUUUUAUCAAAGAUUACUACACCCAGUAGACUCAUGGUCAAGACCUUUUCUCACCACAACAAAUUUUCAAGUUUCGUCCCCCUCAAAAUUACUACGACAUGACAUUUCCUCUUCGCCUUUUCUAAACGUUACCAUUACUGGAUUUUCUGGUGUAGAGUUAUUGCAUCUAACUAAGGUUUUAAAUCUUUUAAAACCAAUGGGUAUCAAUUAUGUAGAAUACCUCAAUAAAUCUACUGAUAUCUUGCUAAUCAACUUGGCAGCGUUGCCCAGCAUCCCAAAAAAUCACCCGUUAUGGUCUAAUGAAUUUAGUGAUCUCUUUACUCAGUUUGACAUUGCUAACACUGAUGUUGACCAUGAUAAUAAUAACAGGAACGACUUUCAGAAUAAUUCCAUUUUAAGGAACUCCAUGAAAAGAAAAAUUGAAUAUAUCAAAAAAUUUCACUCCAUACCGGUAGUCACACCAGCCUUCAUUUUUAAAUUAAUAUCAACUGCAUCUAAAGAAAACAGCGAAAUUUUCUUAAAUAAUAUCAAGUGGUGUAUUAUUUGCCCAAGAGGACAUAAGGACGAUUUCAAAUGUAAGAUAGAAAGCACAUAUCAUAGCAGCUUCAAUUCAGAAAAAAAGUAUCAAAAUAAUGAUCCAAAAAUUGACAAAACUAUUCUUUUGAAAAGUAACAAUUCCUCAGUAUCCGAACACUCUAUCAAAGAUACAAAAAACGAGUUAUUGAAAAAAAUUAGGGAAACAGAUAUCGAGAGGAAAAAGCGUCCUAUUCCAUCAACUGCCGUAAAUAAUUCUUCAGAGAGAAAAGUGUUGGCUAUGAAAAGAGUCAAGUUGGAGUCACUGCCAGGAAAUCUCAUUCCCAAACAAAUCAAACGAACUACAAGUUGGGGCACAAUAAUGUCAGAAAAUGUGCCUGCAGACCAUUCAACCAUAAUACCCGACCUAGAAGUGACGGCGAUAACAGAAGAGCCUUCUCAUACACAAGUUACAUAUGGCUCCGUUCAAGAAAAGAAGCGUACCACUUCUUUAGAAAAACCUAUAAGGCGUCAUACGAGAAAUCAUACGAAGGAAUUAGAUUCUUGA